AUGUCUCUCGCAAUGGCUAAGACGGUCGUAAUGGAUUCGGACGUGGAGAUGCAGGACGCCUCCACUCUUCCUUAUCAGCCUGUCUCACUGGCAGGAGAAGUUAUGCCUGAAGCAACUGCCACUGUUUUACGUUUUCCCGCUGCAUGCUGGAAUAGUUAUGAAGCACCCAAUUGCAAAAAGCGCAAGGCCGAGGGAGAGGUACGACGAACGGUCAAAAAGGUCAAGGUUCCCACUGACAACCGGAAUGUAAAUGACGUUAAGACACUGCCCACUUACGGGUUCGAGCUCGCAAACUUCACAGCCGAAGAACUCGAAAAGAUGGAGAUGGGCUUCGAGUUCCCAUACCCGAGCCUCUACAAAAGUAAGCAGUCGUCGCAGCAUGAGCAAGUGCCCAAAGCAACUACAUUCACUGACAAUGUCCGAAGCUACCAGCAAGUCUACCAAUCGGAAUCAGGGUGGAAUAGCAAGAUGUGGAACCCCGUAUGGGGUACUGCGGAGUACAUCACCCUGAACGAGAAGUACGAUGAGUACUUCAUCAAGCACCAUCCUUCGAUAGCGACAUUCCCGGGUGAGCCGCAAGGCGAUCUAGACAAUGCCAUCGAACCAUUGGUCGGACGGGAAAACUGGCUUUUGGAUGGGUUCGUGCAGAAUCCAGAUCUUUUGUGGUCGCGCAUGGAAGCGGCGCUUCGCAUGACUUCCAUGUUUCUGACAACACCGCAGGUCAUGAAUGCUUGGGCACCUCUUGUUCAAGGAAAAGAGGUCGGGCACCGGGGCUCCGAGACAGUUUUUCUUUCCUACGACGAUAAGGAAAGGAAAGAUGACCUCGUAAAUGCGAUCGAUAUUAUCGGAAAGGCAUUUAAGGCCCUGGCUGGCAAGGUCAAGUUCGUCUUUGUCGUGUACAGCAAGUUUGAGGGUACAGGUGAAGAGUUCGGCCCGACACAUGGCGUGCAUUAUGCACCAGGCGACAAGUUUGUGGACGAAGUAUUUGUUCGAGGGGAUCCUCUUGAGUUGGAGCGUCACGAAGAUGCGCAUAAGAUCUUCUUGAAUGGUGCCUACUCCGAGUUCUUCCAGCAGGAUCUCACUCGGGUUUCUGCCAGCCAGUAUGCUCGGACGCUGUUCACGUUCGGGACAACGAUCGUGCACGAACUCUCCCACGUCCUCUACUGGCAUCUCAAUAGAGAGAGGUUGUGCAAGGUUGGGGAUUACUUGGAGCCUCUGCUGUUUGAGGAUGAGUCAGCAGGUGAGAUUGGUUCUUCGAUCGAGCGAAGACUGUUCGGAUACAACUGGACCGCCGCCAUUCAUCCCGAAAAGGGCGUCGACACCGAAAGUGUCCAGUUUCUGGGUGAGUGGGACAAUGGUGUGCCUGUGAAGCUGCCUAAGUCACACUUAGUCUGUUAUAUUGAGCCUCACUGGAUGCACUCGUUCCUUACCAAGGCACGGUGGGAACAGAUGGUCGAGACUCCAUCAACGUUGAGCAGCGGAGCGAAAUGGCCCAACUUCAGGUUCUUUCUGGCCAGGAAGAAUUUGAUGGCAAAGGAUAUGUCCAAAGUCAAGUGGGACAUCGUUGAACCUGCUUGGGAGGUUCCUAUGGUGGGCAACGAGACAGGUCCCAACGGACAGCCUGUCGGCUGCUUGACAGAACUACAAGUCUACGCUGAAUAUGAAGCCGCGGUGGAUAGGGACAAAAAGUCUCUGCAAACAAGGCGAGCAGCGGCUCGUAACAUGCGAAACGCAGCUGACAGACGACAGAAGGGGAGUACCACGUCCUCGCGGAGGGUCACGCGUUGUUCUGCAUCAUCUUCCAGCAAGCGUUCUUCCCGGUCAAAGACCCAAUCUUGCGUGGCGUGA